AUUGCAAGCACAAGGUUGAGGCAUUAUGGCAUUUCGUGAAACAAAUGCGGAUCAAGCACAAUAUCAAAGACGAGCACAUCCUGAACGCCGAUCAAACGCCAUUAUUUCUGGAGAUGCCCGCUGAGAAGACCCUUGAGCAUUCUGGAGCGCGAACCGUCCAUGUUCGCACUGCUGGUUAUGAAAAAGAACGCGUGACCGUCAUGCUCACCUGCACUGCCGCGGGUGUGAAGCUGCCGCCGUUCAUCGUCUUCAAGAGAGCAACCAUCCCGGAGAUCAAGAUCCCGCCCGGAAUGAUCGUCCGCGCCCAACGCAAAGGCUGGAUGGAUGAAACUUUGGUGAAAGACUGGACCACCAAAGUCGUCGCCCCAUUCAUGAUGGGGGCCUUCGGACGUCCGCGUGAGCCGUGCCUACUGGUCUUGGAUUCUUACAAGGGACACUUGGCCACAAGUGUCAAAGAAACAUUCUCCCUUUUCAAGCUCAUCCCUGCAGUUAUCCCUGGCGGCUGCACAUCAUUAAUGCAGCCGUUAGAUGUCUGCAUCAACAAAGCGUUCAAAUGCGCUGUUCGCAAGCGCUACCAAGAAUGGUUCGCAUCCGAGGGCAUCAACACCUUGACGAAAGCCGGAAACCUCAAGAAACCGCCGGCUGAAGAGGUCCUUAGGUGGGUGGCAGAGGCGUGGGAGUCUAUUCCUACUGCUCUCGUCGCAAAUUCAUUCAAAACAUGUGGCCUGUCGAAUGCAAUCGACGGCUCAGAAGACCAUCUCACUCUCCGACACCUCAAGUCGGGCAGUAAGGUGGAUGUGUCGGACAAUGCGGACCCUACGGGGUGGGCUGGGGACAACAGCACCAUGUCUCGUCUCCCAGCACACGGUGAGGAGACAGAGGGUGCCGAGGAGACAGAGGCUGACGUGGAGGAGCUGGAGGGUGCGGCAGAAGAGGAGGAGGGAGUUGAUGAGUUUGAAGAAGAGUGCUGGUGGCGGGAGGACGAAGAUGACCCCACCGCAUACGCCCCUUUCACCGAGGGCGGGUAG